AUGCCAGGCUUCCUGCUCCAUGGUCCUCCGGUGAGGCUGUACCUUGGCUUCGCAUGUGUCCUGUCCCUUUGCAACACAGUGUCUGGCCUCAGAGGAGAAGAGAGGAGAGAAAAGGGGGUUGCUUUUCUGGAUACCACAGAGCUGCCUGCUAGGUCAGUUGAUCUGUCUGCACUUAACCUGACAGAGAUGGUGAACGGGAUGCUGAGUAGAACUUUAAAAGAUAGCAAGAGUUUUUUCUCCUUGCUGAGCGUUACCUCCUACAGCUCCUUUGCCUUCCACAAGUUUUCCGUGGCCAUUUACAACAUUUCCAACCUGAAGACUGUGGACCCAGCCAGAUUCCCCAUGCGGUACUGCUACUGCUUAAACAACCGGACCAAUGAUUUAUCAGAUUUCACAGCCCUUCUGGUGGACAUCAUGGGAAAUUCUACCAGCUACCUCACAGAGAUUUUUAAGUCAACCUCCAUCCUCUCAGUGAGUCAAACGAAUGAAUCCGACUGCAUCUUCAUCUGCGUGAUGACAGGAAAGUCAGGAAGGAAUCUUUCUGACUUCUGGGAGAUAGCAGAAAAGUCUCCUGUUAUCAAUUACACCUUUACCAGCAGCGUGCCUGGUGUUCUGGGUGAGUCUACCAGGGAGAUGGCCCUGACUUCACAGCUCACACCCGCAAGCCAGCAAACUCUACCAAGGACAAGCCCCCCACAUGGAGCCCAGAGCACUGGAGUGUCUGCCCUGAGAACCUUUUCUGGAACAGAGACAAUAUCUCCUUCAGAGGGAGAGCAGACUGUGAACACAAAGACACUUCCUGAGCUUCACAGCAGAGCCACAGGCAGGGCCACGAACAGAGCCACGGCUGCCCUGGACAGCAUCUCUCCCACCUUCCCAGCCUUGGCUACCAGGAAGGUGGUCGGAACUCCAUGGGUGACAACCCACAGGAAGGCAUGGGCUUCCACACUACCCGUGCCCUGGGCUCAGGCACCCAGUGAGAAAACAUCUGGAGGGCCUCCCUGGGAAACCCUUUCCUCCCCUCCAACACCUCCUGCAGAGGCCGAGGAGGCCAUGAACACAAAGAGCUUUUCCGAGACUCCUGCCAGGACAGUGGCCACACCUGGCAGCCUGUCCUGGACCAGCCCGACCUCAGGCCCAUUCACACCUGGCACACAGACUCCAAGUCCUACCAAGGCUCCAGCCCCAAAAUAUCCACAAGCAGGUGAUCUCCCUGCCAUGUGGCCCUUUGCCCCUGGAGAAGAGCCAGCUCUGGUCCCAGGACCCCACCAGUUUUCAAGGUGUCCUGAGCCCUUCAAGGAGGGGGCCAUGACUUCUGCUCCCCUCACGCUGGCCAUUCAGAAGCUCAACCCUUGCCUGAUGGAGCUGUGCCGCUUUUUCCAGCAGUGCCUCUGCAUGAGCCAGAAGAGAGACCCCAGGAGGGAGGCAGUGAGGUAUUGUCUUGAAUACUAUUCCUGGUUUCUGAAGAAUGCAACGUACAUCUGUCAGAGGGUGAAAAGGGUGUUGCACUCACACACCUUAAAACAAAAAUGCCUUGAGAAUAUCUGCAAGUCUGUUUGA